CAAUUUUUUAUAUCAAAAUAAUUUCAGAAAUAUGUCAUUACAUGUAAUGGAUUAUAGGAUGUUUUAAACAAAGAGAAAUUUAUUGUAAAAUAUUCCUUAGAAUUAAUAAAAACGUGUUUUUUUAGCUAAUAUAGUAGACAAUCCAUUUAAAAUAAAAGGAUUGAUGACUAAUGUGUGCAUAAAUGUUACCUUGGCAACCAUCCAAAACAAUUAUGGACGUCGAAUAGCCUGCAAUGAGCAUUUAUAGUUCUCCGUAUGUGACAAUUUCACAUUACAAAAAUGAAUUACACUCAAUUAUAAUGUGUGUGCGAGCCGUAAUGUGUUGUGUAUAAAUAUAAAAUGCAAACUGAACCGUCUAGCUUACCAGUAGUAAAGCUUAAUUUGCAGAAAACAGACAAUAGGAAACCAAAGCCUGAUUCAAAAACUUCAACACUGGAAUCCAAAAAGUUAUCUCCCUGCAGGAAUACGUUACCUUCGUCAAAUAAAAAAUGCUUAAAACCAUUGCUUGGUGCUCCAUAUAGAAGCAGCACCAAACAACAAAUAUCAGAUGACUCAAAAUCUGGUAACAAAAGCGUUCUUGGACAAAGGGUGAUGUCAGCGAAGAUGCUUCGCUUCAAACAAUUACAAAAUCAACUAGCUGAUGCACACUAUCAUCUCAAUGAACUAGCGAAUGAAAAUAGAUUAUUAAAGGCAUUGCAAAAGAGACAAGAUUCUGCAUUGAGACGUUAUGAGGGAACCAAUGCUGAGUUACCAAGGCUUAUAAAUUCGCAUCAUGAGGAAUUGAGGGUGCUUCAAACGAAGUACAAGAAGUUAAAAGAAUUACAUAAGGAUACGUGCAACUUAUUAAAGGAAAAGGAAAGCGAACUUCAUUCUGUAAAUUCGCAAAACAGACAUUUACUGCAACUUAGUAAAGACCGAAAUCUUGAGGAGAGAGAAAAAUUACAAUUACAAUUAUCCGAUAUGAAUCAUAGAAUGCAACAACAAGAGGAAACUAUACAGCUAUUACACAGAAAGCUUGCUCUUGAAACUAAAAGUUUGAAACAUCAAUUACACACUGAAAUUUCUAAGCAUAAGGAAACACAAAAGAAUUUGCAAGAAACGAUAGAGAAACUAAAAACCUUAGAAUGUUUAUUAGAUAAUAGGGAAAAACGAUUAUAUUAUAAUGGUCAGUUGCCAAUUUACAACAAAGAGAAAAAUUUAGGUAGUCAUUCUCUUACAAAUCUCAGGGACAGCAUCUCUAAUGCAAUGGCUAAGGUGUCCAGCAGAAGUAAAAAAAGUGAAAACGGUAUGCCAAAGGAUAAUCUGCCGUCACUUGACACAGUGGAGUCUAAUGAUGAUGAGAAAACAACUCUAACAAAUAACGUAAACCAUGAUCAUUCGGUAGAUUAUCUAAAGUCAGAGACAAUGACAAGUCUACAACAAAUACGAAAGUUUCGACUACAGACAUCAGCAAAUAUACGUAAAAACGCUUAUUCUAUGGACGACUUAAGAUUUAAAUCUAAAGACUCGGAAAUAAAAGCAAAUAAUAAUGAAAACAUCGCAGCGAUAGACUUUAAAACAUUAUUAGAGAGAAAUAAUUUGGACAAUGAAACUGUUAGAACCGAAAGUGGUAAAUUGAGAAAAUUAUUCAGUAGAAUGAAAAAUCGGAAUUCACUGCAAAAUGAACUGAAGAUCGAAUACGGCUAUUCGUCUGAUGAUGGAGAGAGUGAAAAUGCUAGUGAACAUCACAUUGGAUCUUACGCUACGGAUAUUGCACAAAAAUCUAGAGCAUUGUGUACAAGAUUACUUAGCAGCACCGAUGACACGUCUGAUACUUUGGAUGAUAUAAUGAAAACGGCAAAUAUUCAUUACAGCGAUGAAGAAGAGGAAGAACUAAAUACAUACUUAACAAAGGACUUAGCAUUUCAGAAACACAAGUAUAAAAGCAAAUUAAGACAGUUACAACACCACAAGGGCAAAGAACUUUACAAUAGCAGCUCUGAUAUUGAAUCUGAAGAAAGGAUAGAUGCGAAUGAAAAUUCUUCCACGCUACAAAAACACAAUAGUUUUCAAGCCAACUCGUCUAAAGAGCAGUGUAGUAGAUCUUUCAAUUCCGUUCAUCCAAACCAUGGUUCUUUAGAAAUCAGAGAGCAAUCUAUUAUUGAGAAAUUAAAAGAUGCAGAACUACCGGAGAUAUCUGAUAAUAAUUUAGAGACCGUUUCUACGGAAAAUAUAGAAGCCUCUCAACGGCUUUCAAAUGCAAAACAAAUGUGGUUGGAAGAACACCAUUUCUUGGAGAAUAAUAAAACCGUUGAUAAUUCCCUUGUACAAGAUAUCAAAGAGGGAGACUGUACAAAUAAAGAAGCAAAAUGUUCAGAGAACAAAAUAAUACACACUGACACAUUGUACGACAAAAUUUAUCAUGACGCAUUUAAACAAGAUAACGCACAUGAAGAAAUGAGGAUCUUAUCAAACUUAGAAAGGAAGGAAACUAAGGACAACCCGAAACCAGCUUGUGAAAAGGAAUCUGUAACAAAUCAUUCUAACGAGAAUAAUCACCCUGUGUAUAACUUAGGAGAAGAUUAUCCUAAAACCAGACUAGAAGAGAUGCCAAGCGUAAUAGAUCAUAAUGAUGGAGACAUGUUAAAUAAAAGUAAUUUCAAUAUAGAGACAAAAAAUAAAUUGAAUGCUUCAUCGGAAGCAGAAGACACUAAAAUACAUGGUGCAUUACCUAAUAAUGUGUAUGCGUCUCAGAUUGAACAGAGUAAUGAGACAAAAGAUGAGGUAACAAACACUAAACAAACAGCUGAUAAGAAAAGAGUAAUCAAUUAUAACAAGGAGAAGCUGUUGGCUACAAUGAAAGCUAUCGACGAUAAUGAAAAUAUUGAAUUUCUAAAUCAGGCAAUGAAAAAUCAUAGCAUGAUGAACAGGAUGCAAAUUACCGAGAAUCUCUAUCGAGGCUUACCAACACACUCCAGGGCAAAACGCGACAUUAUUAAGGACAUAUUUGAAGACAAUCACAUAGAUAAUAAUAAUAGAACCAGAAGCACUUGUAGUAAAUCGCAUUGAAAUUUUAGAAAUAAUUAUUCAAGAUUAUAGUAAAUAGCACAAAAGUUACUAUCUUCUUACUUUUUUUUAAUUCUACUAAACUUUAUUGUGCGGAUAUGUAGAAAAAGAAUAUUUAAAGAAGAUAGCCAUGCAUUAUAUAUUUUUCCCAUGAAUGUAUUGAAGCUUUUUUUGUUUGUGAGUAGUUGGAUAUUAGAUAUAUUUCAUUAAAAAUAAAAUGUGUAAGAAAAACGGAUCUCAUUUUAAUGGUAAAUGGUCAAUACUACAUUAAUUUUUUUUAUGUGAUUAUUAAUGUUUUUUUUUUAUUAAGAACAUUAUUGACCAUAAAUUCAGACUUUUCUCACCUGUGGAAUCAGACUCGAAUUCCAGCAUUGUCGGCAAACGUUGCUAUAGCUCUAUGUCGUCGAUAAAAGAGAUGUAACUAUAAUUCUUAUGACAAAUGAGUCUUUAAUUAAAAUGUUACAUAUAC